GGGAAUGUUACCAUUAACCUGCAGUUAUUUUUAUCUGUCUUAGUGGUGACAACACUGAGGAUGAGCUGCUGGAGUUAACAGUCCCAUUUGCACCUCGUCGAAAAGCCUUCAGCGUCACUUUGAGGCGCAUUGAGGUGUUUAGGGGGGUUCACACACUGCAGAUACGCAAAAUGAAAAACUGUCAAAGUUAAAACCCGAGUCCUGAUCAAUUAGAAGAUUAGAUAUGUGUAGGGAAAGCUGAAGCAGUCCUGUGCAGUAGAAAGAGAAAAUCAGAACACGCUGAUACAUUCACACUCUUUGAAGAGGAGGCGCAGCAGAGCGGCGCAUUUCAGGACGAUUGUCAAAGAGCAGAGUGACGGGUGUUUCAACUUGUAGCUCUUAUAGUUCGUCUUUCCGUUAUUGAUUAUUCUCUAGAUGAGGAAGGUGAUCGUCCACGAUGCCAAGACUGACCUCAGGGCCAUCCUCCACCCGUGACAUCACUCCUCCCCGUGCACGGCUCGUCACCUCUGCCUUGGACCCUCGUCAAGGUCUGACUCUCCCGCUGUGACCGAAGGCGAUGCCUCAUCCUCAUUCAUUCUCAGGCAAGCUCUCAGGACAAACACACACACGCACACACACUCGCAGGAAGCGGCAGCACUCCCUGGACAACUUUAUUCCGGACGACUUAAAGCCUGAUGAUGACAGAGGAAAGCAGGGGAAAACGAAGGAAACAAGCGAACCCGAAGAGAAACCGAGGUAAGAGAUGAGAAGCUUAAGAAAGUUUUGAAGAAGUUGGUUAAAAAAUGAUGCGGGCGGUUGUUGCUGCAGCAGCGGGUUGAGGCUCUCAGGCGAACCGCGCUCGGUUAGGACACUUCAAACUCAGUUUCUUCACAGAUACACAUCAGUCACUAACGCUGCUGCAAACAGGGCUUGUGAUUUUUUUAUACAAAACAAAUUUCAGCUUGUAUUUAUUCGUCAGAUUGGUUUGUUCUGCUUGUGCUAAACCGUGAAAGGUGCGAGGUAAAUCUCUAAAAAAGUAGGUAUCAAACCCGGGAUUGCACGCGAUUUGUGAAAGAUAUGAAUCCUUGUUUAUGUAGAAAGUUAUUUUGUAAAAAGUGAUGAAUAAUAAUCACUUUGGAUGUGCCCCAAACCAUUACAUAUAGUCACAAUAAGAUGUUGAUUUUGUCACUUUAAAAUAUAUCAGAGAUGUUUCUCAAAGUAAACUCUUACAUCUCUGUAUUGUAGUCCUGAUGGUGCUUAUGUCCAGAGCUUCAUGUCAUUUGAGACUGAACUUUCAAGGAUCUUGUAAUCUUUAAACAAGAUGCAAUAACAUUUUUUUUCUUGUUCUGUGCAUCUAUAAAAAUACAAGACAUCACCUUCACCUUAUCUUUUUUCACCCAUUUCAUGAUAAAAUUCUUUUAUUGAUUUAAAAAUUUUAAAUCUCUAAAUUCUAAUCAGAUAGUUUGUCUUGUGAUCAACUUUUGGUUCAACAAAUAUAAAAACUUUAAAUGCAUGUAUUAAUAAAGUAACUAAAAGUUUGCAUGUUGCACAGUUAACCUCUAAGGAGCCAUCUAAAGCCACCUUUAGCUUACUUAUUUUUAAAUCAAUUUCUCAAAAGAGAAAAUAAAUGCAUUACAUGCCUAAACACGCAAUAUGUGCACAUGAUAAGAAUGUGCAUGAUACCUUAUCAAGAUAAGUGGGAAUCCUCAGUUGACCUUUAGGUUAAAGAUGAUAUUCAAUAUCUCUGCUUACGAGUCACUCUGCUGAAUCGAAAGUUGUUCUUUAUGCAUCAGGUUGUGUGAAUUUUUCAAUCUGAGUUUGCAAACAGCAGUGAAGAUACACACACCUGUGCAUGCAUGUAAAUAUUUGUAUUUCCAUCCUGCUGGUGUCGACUGACAAUUCAUGCUUUAACUGAAUCCUACUCCUCCUCAAAACAUGAAUUAUCUACAACACUUUUCUAAACACUUUUUUUCCUGAAUAACCUCGGAGUAAAUCUACCCUGAAGCCUCUGCAAACUUUAUUCGAGAUAAUGUGAAUAUUAUGGGCCUGAUAAAUGAUGCAUGGAAGCCGGUUUGUUGCUCUUUUCUUACACAAAGUUGUUUGGUGAAGUAGGGGAAAGGGUUGAGAAACAAACAAACCGUUGCUCUAAACACAAACAAAGUUGUAAACCCAGAAAAGACACAGAACUUCGAUGUUCGCUGCAGCUUCUUGUCUUCAGAAAACAAACAUCUCUAACUAAUUCCCUUACUCUUUGUCGUUACUGGACAGACACUGCAAGCCAUGCAAAAUCCUCCGAGAAGUUUUUGUUUGCCUCAGAAGUGACACUAUACUGCUCUAAACCUAUUUGCAGUGAGGAGCUCGCUUAUUUAUACAGUUUAUUACUUUGCUUUUAAGUGUUUCCACAUUUAAUUCAGAGAGGUGUGAAGCUCAGCAGAGUGUCACCAGGGUGAGAUCCUCUCUGGCUGCUCAGCGAUAACGGGAGCUCGUGUGUCUCUGCGUACACACGUGCACACUCUCACCUUUGACUUUCACAUAGCAGUUUGUCGACCGACUGCACCCUGUUUGUCAAAGCGGCAUCAUCGCAGCACCGUGAGAGCUAACAGGAAAAAGGGCACACUUACUGACGAGGAACUGUCACUUAUUAGGCCGGUUGCUUUUGUUCCUGAAGUGACCUCAGACCUAAAGUUAAAGAGUUUCACAAAACAGAAAAACAAAAACAGGAAAGCUGUGCAUGAGAUAUUUAACAUUAUAAGAUGCAAUAUAUUAACAGUAAGGUAAUCAUUUGGGCUCCUUUGCAUGCACGCUUCUUCUAAAUGCAUGCUUAUACAUAGCACAUGUCCAUAUCACAUAUGCGUGAGUGUUGAGAGGGAGUGCUUGAUGCAUGUACAUCCUCAUGUCCGUGCAGAAACGUGUGUUUUAAACCUCUGUGUAGGAUUUGGAAUGUGCUGUGUUGUGUGAGAAGCGAGUUAAAGGUCCUUGAUAAAACCAAAUGAAUUUGGCAGGCCCGCCUCAUAAGACAGCGAUUUAGGGAUCGUUUCCAAAACCAGAAGAAAGAGAAAAACAUAGGCUGACUUUUCUUCUCUCUCCAAGGCGCCUAUUGAUUAUGUCUCUGUCUCCCCCAAUAAAACUGUCAAUGUCAACCAGUCGAAAGCAACAUGAUGGAAUUACUGCCUUUCAUUCUCUGGAGAUUGAAAACAGUCCAGAGACAAGGAAACAUUUUAAUUGAUAAGCAAUGAUUUAACUGUGAGACAUCAGUUUCAAAGAGUGUGGAUAAAUGAGCGAAAUUCUUGAUGUGGAAGGUUCGGCGUCCUUCCUUCAGGCGGGUUUGCAAAGUUUGUAAAACUCUGAGGAGCUACAUCUCAUACUUUUUUGUCUAAAAGCUACAUUUUUCUGUCAUGAAAUGAAUUCAAGAAGAAGCUGAUGAAAGUAAUCAAAGGUUUGAUGAGUUUUUGGCAGACAGCAAAUGCUUGAUAAUGAACUUUGUAAAAAGCCGCCCUGUUAGCGCGGUGCUGUUAGCCUCUUCGCUGAAGUAUCUUUUGAAAGAGCUGUCAUUUAUAUAAUUAUAUAAAGUCCUCUGGCUGUGUUAUGUUGGGCUUUUCCCUGCCCUCAGACUCAGCAGGCAUCUCCGCCAGAAUGACAUCCGCACAACCCAUCAGAGCCAUCCAAACCCUCACUCUUAAACCAGAUGUAAAGCAGUGUUUCUUAAGCGCUCUCGAAAAGGUACGGCCUUGUUACCUUGCGUGUUAUGUUUUGUAAGUGCAUGACAAAGAACCUCGCUCUGUUGUUAAGCUGAUGUGCCUUUUUUAAGAGAGAGCUUUCUCUCGCUCUCUGUUUCCCUCGCUCCCUCUCUCUCUCCCUUUUUCUUCUUUUUUCAAGUGCCAAUUUAUUUAAACUCCUUUCCCCUUUUCUUCUUUCUCCUUCAUUGAUUUCCAAACCCCAGUCUUUGUAUGCAGCUGGGGCCCAGCUGUGUGUCUGUGACCAUGUAUGUGUGUGCAUACAUGUGUGUGUCAGUGUGUUUGUGUGGGUUUUUUUGGCACAGUGCUGCCACACUGAGCAUAGCGCACUGUACACAAAGGACUUGAGCAGCAAGAAGAGAGAGGGGGGGAAAGAGAAAGAGAGAGUAGGGGGGAAGAGAUUUGAACAUUCAAGACUGACGUGCUUGUACUGUACAGAGCAGAGGGGCUGGGCCUUUUGGACCGGGCCUACUUUAACGGCAGAUGUAUCGGUGCUCAGGGAUGUGGGGUGGGGAGGGCGAGACAGCAAUGAAGAGCUCAGGCACCACAGUUUAUUACCAGGACUCUUCAAGGGGCUCAGCUCAGGCGUCAGAACCAGCGGGUGGGAGGGACAGGGAAGGAAGAAAAGAGAGGAGGAUGACAGAGGUGGGGAACUGAUGGGGUUGACAGAGCUGGAGUCGGAGAAAAGAGCUCUUCGGCGUGAGAAGACAAGAGAUUUAGGGGGGGUGAGGGGUUGAGACAGAAGAGACAGGAUGGGCGACAUGAUGUGGGAAAAUGUAAGCGUUUCCUCAUUUGUUCCCACAGCUCUGAGUGUCACAGAUUUCUCCCAUCCUGGCUCUCUGGUUUCGAUGCACAGCAGUGAAGGGGAAUCCCUUGAUUGAGUCCCUCUGGUAUUUUUCACAUGUUUAUUUGAUUAUUGCUCAUUAUGAUGUUUCAGAUGUAGCCAAAGCAGUCUCAUGUCUUACUGUACAUUCCUGCCGCGUGGCUGCCACGCUGUUGAUCCACUCCAGGAGGGAUUAUUUGGAAAGUUCUGUGGUGCCAUUGCAAGAAUAAUGCAAGCCGAGGGGGUUUUCCGCCAUGUUGGCUCUUGCAUGACUGUGUAAGAGUGUCCUUUGUAGAGAUGUUACAGCAAAACCAUCUCUUCUGCAUAUAUAUUGCAACACAACAUACCAUCGAUCGUUAUAAUAAACAUAUGCUUACAGAACUUAAACUUUGAUAAUCUCUCAUGACAGUCAGGACUAGUACAGUAAUCAGAAAGCUACGUCCAGUGUUCCUUCUCAUUUUAACUGUCAGGUCACACCAAGAGAAGUACAGCUCAUGAGGUGUGUGUGUAUGUGUGAAAAUGUAUGCACUUUUCACAAGUUUAACACUUAACUGUAUUUUUGUGGCUUCUCACUAAUGCUCAGGCAUUUCUAUUUUCACUUCAAAGGCGUUCAUCUGAUAAAGAAGGUGUACUUGCAGAAGCAAACUGAUCUUUUUCUUCUCUUCACUAACACCAUUUGUGUAGUAGUAUUAUUAUUGCAGUCUUUGUCAUUGCUUUGGCACUGCGUCUCCUCAUUAAGUCUAUUUGUAGGUCUUCUUUUGGUGCACGCAGCCGGGGCAUUCUGCGUUUGAUACGCUGCACAUGUGAGAGGCAAGAGAGAGGUUAAAACCAUCCAGAUAGGCAAGCUCUCUGCACACAAUUUAUAGAUAUGUGCCGUUUUAUCACACCUCAAAUUAAAUUUGGAAACCCUGCUUCAGCUGUCAUGUAUUACAAGGCCCAGAUGGGUGGCAGAGAAAGAGAGAGGAGGGAGAGGAAUGGAGAAAGAGAGGGAGAGAGACAGAGGAGUGCAGCCAUGCAGGCAGGCAGGCAGGCGAACACACUCAGCUGGAGGACAGUGUGCCAAGAUUUGCCAGAACUAGAUAUAGAAAAGCAGCAGGUUUAAAGAGGAACAGCUUGAUAUGAAGAGUGUGUUCGCUUCAGACAUGAACAGGAGGGAGAGGAGGUUUAUCAUGAUCUGCUUCGAUCACCUCUGAAGACAGAAAAGUCACACUUGAUGGUCCAAGAAAGGCAGUCUGGUUUUGGCUUGAGUACAGUCAUUUUUUGUGCCUUUAUCAUAUUCUUAGUACUUCCUCCCAAAGUCCAUUGUUGAAGAUCUAAAAGAGAAGUAUUGGAUUGCUUUAUUCUGUCUCAUCUGGAUCCAUCCUUCACAUCCAUUACAUCACCUUAUAUAAUAAAGUAUAAGGAGGAGAAAUAGUCAGUUAAAAACUAGAGAAGAUGCAUCUUACUAGAAUUAAGUUUGAAUUAUAUGAGACAGAAGUUGUAAUAACAGGCCAUGGUUAAUCUAAAUGCAUAUAAAGGAUGAUAUGGAAAGAGCAGCCAGCUACCUGUAUUAAAAUGGGGAAUGUGGAUCAUCUCGUGAUGUUAAACUCAUCAGCGGAGGCAGCUGUAAAAACAAGUCUGAGCUGCCUGUUAGCUUCCCUGUCUUUACAACAGACUCAGUUUUUUAGAAUCCUGAUAUUAUGACACAGUGGGGCUAAUGUGCCAAAAGAUUUUUAUGAAAUUUAUUUUUAUGUAUAGUUUCACUAAACGCGCGAUUUUCCUCAUUUUGGUUCUUACCACAGUCUAAAACAUGGAUCUUUAUCAUGCAGAUUUCCAACUUUACUGUGGUAAUGUUCUGACUUUUUUCUCAUCAAAAUCAUAUUAUUUUUCAGUCAGGUGGCACUAAUAAUGGAUUUUAUGUAGAUUAUGUUUUGGUGUCCUAUGGAGCCUCUAUAAAUACUGAAUUAAUUGUGGUAGUUGUCAGAGCGGCGGUAGUUAUUGUGGAGGCAAGUGGAGGCAGAAAAGAAAAAGUUCUAUUUUCAAAAUGUUAAAAAAAGACAGUUUGACAAAAUAUUAUUCAGACAACAUAUUAGCCGUUCGAACUAUUUGGGAUGAAUUUCUGAUAUAAGAAAAGCUUCACAACAAAGUCAAAAACAUGGAUGAUAACUACUCCACAAGCUGCUCAUCCCACACCAACUUUGUCUACUUCAGCUGCUACAACUUUUGAACCGUCCUCCAUCUCCUCACCUGUCUUUCCCCUCUUUGUUACGUACUGAAUGGUGUGGAGACACGUCUCUGAUGUAGGACAGCGUCUUAAUCAUGGCCUACCUACACACAUCCAAAACCAACUUUUAUUUAUUUAUUUAUUUGACACUGAAUAUACUGAUAUGGGCAAAAUGGCGAUGGUUUAUGUCGUAAAUUUCGGUAUCAGUAAAUUUUCGGUUUAUCACCCAGCCCUACAGCAAAGCCAUAAACAUCCAAAUUAAGGUUUAGCUCAGCGGAUAAAGUUGGAUCCACGGAUGCAGAGGCUUGUGGUCCUGGGCUUUCGUCCUUUCAUACUUCAGCUAUCCUGUCAAAGAAAAACAAAGUGACAUAGAAUUAAUAACAUGACAGCAUCCUCAUGCAGUUACAGAUUUUUAGAGGGUUUAUAACUGCCACCCUCUGACCAUGGCAGCAAAUUCUCACUUGGACAACCACUCCGUCCCAUUAUGUGCUGUGAUGUCUUAAUGCUUUCUGACCAUUUGUUGGAUCAUUUGUCAGAUCACUGUCAUAAAUUUCCACAAAUAUGUUUUAUCAGUCCAGGUGUGGAGAGAAAAAAGUCAAACUUGGACUCACUUUGACAAGACAGGCAUGUUUUGAGACUCCCCCUCUUUUCCUUCUCUGUCUGCCUGUACCUGUGAUCACCUGGCACCACCUUCAUCUGACCUGCUCAUCCCACUCUCCCCUCCAUACACACACAGAACAGAUACUGAUCAUACACAUAGUUACCUGGGUGGGAGUAAACACAUUCCAGCAUGCAGUGAGUGAGCAGACUCCUCUGAAAAUUUGGACCCAUGCUUCCUCUGCUAGCAACACAUUUGAGCACAUUUUCCGCUUUGUCUCCCUCACCUGCAUUUUACAGUCAUUCGUGUUCAAAGAAGAGUCAAAUCUCAGAUAACAGUAAAAUCUAUAAAAUAUGAAUCUGUAUUGAGAUUUUAUUGCCUUCCAGGUCUGAUGCGAAUAAAACCGUAGGUCCGAGCCUCUCUCUUAGAAAAAAAAAAAGUUGUUUCCUGGCAGUUUUGCAGUUCGCUAUCAUGUGGUUAAAUCUUCGGAUGGCCAGGUAUGAUAAAGAACAGGAUCCAUACACCGGAAGGUUUUGCUGCUAGAGAGGAAGCAAUGCAAAUGAACUUUCAGUAUGCACCGACCCACUCUGUUGUUUAUCAGUGUGUCCCAAUCUCGUAAAUACUUUUAUCUCAUCUUCUGAAAAGAUAGUACAUAUUAUGAAUCAGGUCUUCUUGUUUUUUGUUUUGCAAAAUUAGCAAAACUUUCAAAGGUUAGGCGUGAUCACAAGGAGGUAUAAGGAGGCCGAGAACCGCCUGAAGUGGAGCAGAAUCAUGUCGCUUUUUUACUUCUUGGCUCUAUGUUCAUCUUUGGUACCUCAGGGAAACAGUUUAGUUAUGAUUAUAUGGUGCAUGUGUCCAGCAUUACAGGAGGGGUGGAAGGGGAAGUAAGUCAUAAGGCAGUCUGGCAGCAUAUCAGAGAGAGGUAACGUCAUCUAAAUGAUACAAGUAAUAGGUAGGUGUGAAUGUGUCCAGGCCUGAUAUUGGGACAGAGCUCUGAGUUUCAGACACAGAUUUAGAGGUUUGGUUUUAUUGCCUGCUCUUUUUUUUUUCUUCCUCUCUCUGAUUUGCAGCUAUUUCUGGCGAUCAUCUGUUGCUUUUCUUUCUUCUAAUGUGAACCUUUCUUUUUUUUUUUAUCCAUUUGAUUCACCUCCGUGUCAUUUCCUGUGUAUCUCACCUUCUCUUAUUCUUACAGCUUUCACUUUUUUUUUAAAACUUCACUUCUCCUCCAUCCUCCGUUCUUCUUUAAAACCAGGUUCCCCCAAAUCCUACACAGCCGCCGCCAUCAUGCACCCCCCUGCCUCUCUCCGUGAGCACCUCCCCUGUCCCACUGACACCACACGCUGCUCCCAUCCCCCGAAAACCACUUCAAACAGCCAGCGCCAUCAAAGCCCACAGUCAGUCAGCCAGGCAGCCAGCCUUCUGCUUCGACUUAAAAUUACUGUCGUCCCAGUCGCAAGGCUGCUUUCCUCUUCUGAUACACAUCAAAGAUCCUCUUAAACUCCCAAAGUUUGCUUUUUAAACCUUUCUCCUUGUUGAGCCUUUUUUUAUACACAUUAUUUGGCUGGUUGAGGUUUUACUCUCCCCUUUCUCUUUCUCUCUCUCUCUCGUUUUCACUCUCUCUCUCUCUUUCUCUCUCUCUUCUUGCCAUCAUUUCUUCUCAGACCGGGCCAGGUCAGUAAUGACAUGCACACACUCUCUUGUGCGGUUCUGCUGCCUUUGCAUUUUUCUCCAUAACUUUAAUUAGUUGCCUUUUUUCAAAGCGUCGCAUAGACAACACGCACACUUUCUCUCUCACAAACGCACACAGAUCAAGAGAGAGCUUCACAAACAUACAGAUGUGUGCGAAUUAACAUGCGAUGUGACUCAUACGUCUUCCCAAUCAGAACUGCGAAACCACAAAGGGAACAGUUUAAUAGUUUUGUAUUCUCAUUUUCCUUCAUGAAUUCUUUAUAUGCGGUGCACAAAGGAGAGGGAAAAGUGGCGCAUAGACGUGUGAAAAACAAUCGGCCGAAAGACAAAGAAAGUAAAAGCGCAGUGACACACUAGAAAGGCAUCUUUUCUAUGUUUCAAAGCCUCAGAGGUCACAUGUGGUCACUGGCAGGGUUUUGUGUAUCAUCAUCUCCUGGCUGAAGGAUGUAAUGUUGGUUUAGGCCAGAGGAUGGCGCCCAGUCUGUAUGUUUUCCAGACAGGAACUGACUGCCAGGGCUCAUCUAUAGCUCGUGUCUUUUUAGAACAACAUUAAUCUUAAUCUAAACAUACACAAAAGUCUGAUCCGUUGUUAAUCUCUCUUGUACUCUGCUGAAUCAGGAUCUCCUUGUUUGCUUGUGUUUGGUACUAAACUGGCGGAAAGUUCAGAGGAAUUAGGAGGGGGUAUUGUCUGGGGUGAAGAGCUGAAAAUGAUAGCUGGGGAGUGAAUACCUUCUCAUGGUGUGUUCUGAUGUUUUGUAUCAAAGUGCGGGUUUCUCAGACUUUGUGUUUUAAAUCAAGUUUGCGACAUUUUCGUCUUUAUUGUCCCUUUAAAAGACACCGCAUCCCACAAAACACCUCCACCAGAUCUUAUAGACAGAUGUUUGAAGUAGACAAAGUCAGUGGGAUACAAGCCACGUUUGUUUCAGCCUCAAACAAAUCCCCCGUCUUAAGUAAGUAAAAGUCUCAGCCUGAUUCGAGCUAACCAAAUCCCACAUUGUAUAGCUGUUAAGCUCAAAGAGAAGUUUUAUUUAGCGCGCAGCCCUAUUAAAAAAACUUCAGAACCUUUUGUGCUCCGUCAGAGAAUGUUUUAAUAUUCAAAAGGAGCCACUAUUGUGCGGUUUCUUGCGCCAAUGUACAAAAUAAAGAGCCACAUCAGAAGGCUGGAACGGUCCCUGAGCAUUUUCAUGUGCAAAGAAAAAAGAGGGAAAACAAAUUUGGAGGGGGGAGACAGGGGUAUUUAUAGAGUGGUGUGAGAGUCUUUGCAAUGACAGGAGUCUAAUGAAGUGGAGUUUUGGUUUUGAUUCACAGUGCGGUGAGCGCGUGGGUCCCUCUGUGACCGUUACUGCAUUCCAGCACCGAUCCCUUGCUACACGGAAACCAGCGCGGGCCACAGGAGGAGGCGCAGGGCCAAGUCCAAAUAACGUGUUCCUCAAACCGAGCUAACCUUUCUCAGCAACAUCAGGCCCCGCUUCCAGCGAAGCAGAUACAGACAGACAGGGCACAGAGCUCAAAAACACAGUGACAAGGCUGUUUAUUCACAUUUACUAGCCCUCACACGCAGAGCAGAUACAAUAUUAACGACAAUGUCACGGCUGGUGAGUCAUUGAGAUGGUAAAUGAGUCAAAUAACACAAUAGGGCCUGAGGCAAGAGGGAAGUCCAGGAUGAUAUCAGCAGUGGUCCUUAUUUACAUUUUCAUAGAUCUGCAGAGAUGUUGGCUGUGUGGGAGGUCAUAACAGGUGUGUGCAGAGAGGAGGCGAAAAGGCGGCAAUGAAUGAAAUCUGAGCCUGUAAGUACUUGUUUUAUAAGAGCGUUGAUAUCUGUUAGAUUGUAGAGAGAAUUUUUUUAGAGAGAUGUUGUGUUGGACUUUGUUAAAGAUCAGAAAUGAUGUAGGGGAGAAGCAGUUCCUGUUAGUGUACUUUGAAAAACUGUGAGGGGCUGUCGGAAGAUCUGCGUAUCAUGAGUCAUACAAUACCGGUAAUUAUUUUAUAAAGAACAAAAGAGUUAAAUGAAAGGCGUUUUAUAGUUCAAUAUCGAGGCAAUUUCUAACUGUUGUAUUGUACUAUUUCCUAAAAGUACCUCAAAUCCUGUAUUUUGUGUUAUCUAGGAGAAACUUUGCUAAAAAUUAUUCCAUUUCAGUACAUUAUUAUAUAAAGAAAUCAAAGAACCUGUGUAUUAGAGUAGUUUUUGACAGAAUCAUAUCCUAGUGGUUUGGAGAGAUCAUUGCUGGAAGAAUAUAAUUAGAUAUUUCAAUGGUGUAAAUACGCCAUUCUGGAGAAAUAGUUUCUAACCAUUAUCAUAUCUUUUGGGAAUGUCCCAAUGUAAAUGUUUCUUGGAAGGGUAUCCAGGCUUCAUUAAGCACAGUUUUUAACAUGCAAAUACCUUUUGAGUUUCAAUGCCCUAUAACUGGGUCAUGUAACCUUUUUGGAUCGUAAGAGAAAAAAACAAGCUACUGCAAAUACUCUUGGUGGUGAGUGAGAAGUCGAUUACAAGAAGAUGGCGAAGACCGAUUCAGCCUUCCUUAGAUGAUUGGACUGGAAUUACUCUAGAGAUAUUUAAGAUGGAAAAAUUGACCUGCUAAAUAAAAACCCAAGAGGAAAAUUCGACAAAAUCUGGAACAACUGGAUAACAUUCAUUAACCCCCAAGAGUUUAGACUUUAUUUGACCUCACUGCGGCUUUGUUUUUUAAUUUAAACAAUUUCUGACUAGUUUUGUUCUACUUUAACAUAGGGCUGGGUGAUAAACCUUAAAAUUUACCAGUACCGAAAUUUACAACAAUAACAUCGGUAUAUUGGGUGUCAAAAAGAUAAUAAAAAAAGUUGGUUUUGGAUGUGUGUAGGUAUGCAGUGGUCUAAUGUCUCUUUAAGAUACUGUCCUAUAUCAGAGACGUGACCCACCCCAUCCAGUCUGUAACAAAGAGGGAAAGACAGGUGAGGAGAUGGAGGACGGUUCAAAAGUUUUAGCGGCUGAAAUAGACAAAGUUAAUGUGGGAGGAGGUGAGCAGCUUGUGGAGUAGUUACCUUCUAUUUAUCGUUAUUGAGGCGAACCGCUCAGUUGUUAUGUUGAUUUGAGGCCAUAUCGCCCAGCCCUACUUUAACGUAAGUUGUGUCCGAGCUAUCUAGAAGUGAACUGGUGAGCUCUAUCCGACUGCUUAAUCUUGGCAAUUUGUUUGUAUUACACUCAAGAUGUUUGUUAUUUAUGCUGCGGACAUAACAACAGCCCAGGGAAACCUAAUUUAUUUAAGGAGAGUGGACAAUAUAAACUCUGACUUAUGGUCGAAAACUUUGCUCUAUGUGGACUCAUACGCCCCAAAAGCUGGGCUGAUAACUACUGGAUCCAAAACAAACAAAAUUGGAGGACCUAUGUUCAUGUUUUUGCUGGAUUUUUCUGUUAAUGUGCCUGUUUAAACAUCCCAAAGAAAUAUAAAAUUAUAUAAAAUAAGAAUUAAAAAAAAGGCCUCUCUUUUCGAUUGUAUAACUGAAAAGGACAUUGUUGCACUUGUACAGGCGUCACACAAAGUUCAAAAUGUUUUUUAGAAGAAAAAAAAAAACGCCUGCAUGCAUCUGCUAAGAUGAAAAAGGCCUGUGUCAAACAAGGUGACAUUGUUUUUCAUGUUAUAAAUGUCGCUGUGGUGGUCUGCAGGACAGGUAGACAUGGAGGCAAACAUGUCAGCAGAAGCAUACAGGAAACCUCCAGAGGAAGAGCGAGUGACCACAUAGGCUCUUUGCACACCUCUUCUCACACCUUGCCUCAGUUCUUGCAAAGAGGAAAACUGAUUGCUGCAGUUGAGUUUAAACAUGAGUCUGCAAACAAAACACUUUCAAGAUCAAGAAGUGAUUAGCCUUUUUGUUUUGUUCAGUUUUAGCAGCAAAUGAGAAAAGUUCACAUAGAGGACAGGUGAAGAUAUAAAAGUUUUAAACCCGGUCAGAAACAUCCAGACUGAAAGCUGAACUGUGGUCUCAGUUCUUGUUCAUUUUCCUCCUGCUCUGUUGUGUGUUUUCAGAAACAAACCAUCCAUAUUUAACUCUCUGAGGUUUGUUUUGGGGGAUCUGAGCACCUCCUGUUGCUCAGCUGCUAUAAAAAAAAGGAAACUCGCUCGCUGUAGAUAACCAAGACUAUAAAAUUACCCCUAACGAUAAGCUCAAUAUCUAGAAACACACUAUAAUUACCUCUGAGGGCUCUACCUGCCAGAAAUGUGAAACUAUUAAUCUUGGAGUUCCUGUGGAGGCAGCUGUCAACUCUAUGAAAGUGAACAUCAUUAUAGGCUACAAAAAUAUAUCAUGGAUGUCUAGGGUUGACUCACCGCGAUCUAAGAAUACUUCGCCUGUGUGGGAAUCUACAAGAGAGGAAGGAAGAGUAACCUAUGUCCCUCCACACUGCCUCAAAGCGAGGCGCCGUUUCCUCAUUGUUUCACGCACCUUUGCGGUACCAUAACUCAUGUAGACCUCGAGUUAUUCCAAACCCUCUGCCCCGCCACUGCUUUUUUUCUGCUUUUUGCUAAUUCAUCCUUUCUGUCCCCUCGCUCUGAAAUGCAUAAACACGCACAGGCCUGGUAGCGCAGAAAAUGCUGUUUGAGUCUAAAACAAACAUCAGGAUUAUCGUGUCAUCUCUCGGCUUUGAGUUUUUUUUUUCAUCCCAAAUAAGAAACACAUUUCUAGGAUUCCCGAAUGUUUGGCAAAAUUAAAUCACGAGCAGAAAAAAAAAAACAAAGUUGUUUGUAAUCUGGAGAAGUCGCAUAUAAUCUGAUGUAUUUGCAAAGCUUAGAGAAGAAGUACAGCGAGCAAAGUUCAAAUAUGAGUUUGUGGAGUUUAGACAUAUUAGAAUAAAUGUAACACGUCCUUCGAGGAUUGAUCAAAAUUGAGAACUAUUAGUAUCAUUGUUUCCCUCUCAGGUUCAUUUUGAAUAGAUCAUUCAGACUGUACAGUAGGUCACAGCAGCGUUAACAGCUCCUCCAUUAUUCUGAUUAUUUAGCGAUGAAUCUGUCAGUGUUUUGAAGUCACAGCAGGUUUUUCCAGUGGACUAUGAAGUGGCUCGCUGCUGUGAUGUGACAUGCAGACAGAGAAUAACAGAUGAGUAGCACUGAUCUCGAUCCGUUUUCAGAUGCCGAGGCCCCCCCCCACACACACACACAUCACCACAGUGUUACAGUGAGUGUCUCGGGGGUCUGCGCUUUGAUUCACAGAAGCUGCUCUGAAAUGCAACUAAGAACUCAAAUGUGAAUAAUGAAACUAACACAGUCACACUGAGACAGCAACUCUUAGACAAAUCAUCUUUUUUUGCGAGCGGUAUCAGCGAAUUGCUCAGAGGAUUCGGAGCCAAUGAAACGCCAGGAGGGGUUCUGCUUUUAUGUCAUGAGGGCUGAAUCAUUAGGCUGAACUCUGGCAGGACAGUUUGAGUGUUUACUGCGGAUUUAAAGAUCACUCAUUAGUGUGCGCCAAGUUGUGCUGUUGUUUUUGCUGCGGCUUGUUUCCUGCAGAGCCUGGAUCGAUUUAAGGAAAUGAUUUUGCUGUUUAUGGCUCGAUCUGAUUGUCUUGUGUGACCCCUGUCUCUCUGCCCCUCGGCGGAGCUCUCUGUGGUGGUGGUUUAAAUGCUCUGACUGGGUGGUGUCUCCUAAUGAGCGGGACAUCUGAAGGCACAGAGCCGUGACUUUGCUGCAGUGGAACCACCACAUAGGCCGCCACUUUUUUUUUCUUCUUUUUCUCACAGAUGGCAGCUUAGAUAUUGUCGAAGUAUUACACAUAGACACGCACACAGAGUUAUUGUCAUGUGUUUCUUAUCUGUAAUUGAUCAUGCUCAGCAGCAGCAGGCAAGUCGUGCUUCCACAAAACAAGUGAUGUCUGUUUUUCUAAAUUCUCAUUUCUUUCUCUAGUGUGUGUGUGUGUGUGUGUGUAUCUACGUAAGUGUGUGUGUUAUUGAGGGAAUUUCCCCUUCACAGUUUGAAGAUUCGUGUCAGAGACAGUUUGACACUGUCCCUUCUCUCUCUUCUCUUCUCUUAUUCCUCACUCCUCUUGUUUUACUUUCCUUUUAGUCUCGCUCAGUGCUACAUUCUUCUGCACCUCUGUAACCCCCUUUUCAGCAACACUCAACUCUAUAAACCAAGUAUAUAGCGAGAACGCAGGAUCACAAACUGCAUCACACAACACAUUUUCUCCCUCCGGGCUCAUUUGACCUUUACGGUCCCUAUCACCAUGUCACAGUUUCGCUCUCAUUUAUUUGCAAACGUCUUUGCGGCUCGCUGCCAGCCAGCUUCAAAAUGACUGUAAUCACCCUAAGAGGAUCUUGACGAAUGUGAUGUAGACUUCCAUUUUAAAUAUGCAUGUGUGGUAAUUUUCACCAUGAUUAGACAAGAAUGUCAGCACAUCCUCUUCUUUGACCUCAGAAAUGCAAUAAGAGUGCAGCGAAUCAUGACUGUAGCGUCGUUUAUGUUGGUUAACAAACAAUUUAGAGUAUUUAAUCCUCAGUUUUCCAUGAGUGUAAAGGAUGUUAUCUGGAAAUAUUUAGAUAAAAACAAUUAAUACAAAUUUGGUGUGACCCCAUUUAUUGUGUAACCACAUAUUAAGUUCCAUUCUGUAUUUGGGUUAUGUGUUUAUUUGCACAAGCAGUAAUGACACAGAUGGAAAAAAAAACAAAGUUGACACAUAGUGUGAACGCUUUUGCUUCUUUGACUCUUCAAAGUUUUGAGGGCCAAUGACACUAAACAAAACCCAAGCAAGCCAAGGUGCCAAAGUGAGAAAGUACCGCCACCCUGAAAAAAAACAGAGAGUGUGAAUCGCUGGCUGCUGAGUUCAUCAGGUGGGAGGUGUUUGUUUUUGGUCAUGGUCCUCCCCUGACUCUUGGUAUGACUGUCAAACAGCAGGUAUGAAUAGGAAAGCUGCCGUGGUGAGAGUUUGUGAGCAUGACAGGUUUGAUUUCGUCAAUACCUGUAAAGAGUGGUCACCGCUGUCAAAACAAGAGAUGAAUGUGGAUUUACCUCGAAUCUGAUCUGCUCAUAUAGGUACUGUAAAAAUGGCAAUACACUCAUCUUCCUUUUCUUGCUUUUUUCGCUCAGGGGUGUAGGCGUCUGUGACCCUUAUGUGGUUAUUUAUUGAGUUCAAAAUAGCGAGCGCUGAGCUUGUGAUGUUACCUGUGAAACUGUCACAGUUUUAACAGCAUGGGAAACGCGUUUUCUGUCAUACAAGCGAUUUAAAAAGCGAUUUAAAAAAUAUAUUUGGAUAUUAAAAGAGUUCUGUCACAAAGAUAUGAAGGAUCAGUGCUUUUUUUAUUCCUGCAUGAGUGUUUUAGUGCCGUAUCUGCUGUUGUUUCGGACAGCUUUACAACCUACAUGCACAUGUUUUAUGAAAUAGAUCAGAUGUGACUAUAAUGAGCGCCAUUUAUCAUACGAAGAAGGGCCUGGAUUUAUUUUUUACUAUUUGGAUAAGUAUUGAUUUUAUCAGUUUGAAGUGAAAUUUGUAUUAAAAACGAAGAAAAACGCAAAAAAAUGUCGAACAGUAAUCCAAACUUGUCAUCCAAGUAAAUAAAAAAAUAGAAAUACGACUAUUUAUACUGUAUUUAUUUUUUUGUUUAUAUUUAGUAAAUGAUAUGAAUGUGACUUGUUGGAUGAUUCACAAAAAUACACUUUAACAACACCCAGCAAAAUAAAAAAUACAAAAAAUAAGCCUCAUGUAAUUAACCCUUAAGAAAGAUAUUAUUAUUUUUAUUUAUAGUUAUUUAUUUCAAUGUCAUUAUCUGUUAAAAAGCCAUCAUUUUAUACAUAACAGUACAGCUCUUCUGGAUUUAAUUUGACGAUCUCCAAUUGUAAAAAUCAACAGAACAGUAACGAUUACAAUGUGCGCUAAAUUGGGCCUGGCCUUGUUUGUUUCCAUUUAGAACCAAAUGAAACAAACAAGGUAAUUCCUAGGUAAUUAUUGCGUGCUUACCAUUUAAGCCACAUAAUUACUGAGUCAAUACCAGAUCACAUAUGUGCAUCGUAAAAUAAACUGAGGCUCAGCGUGUUGCUUUACAGUAGAUGCCCUCUGGGAAAUAAACAGUGCAGAGUGAAAUCCAAGCUAUCUCUUUGCUGUUUGUGAGACAUGUUGGGAUUAUUUUUUUUCUUUAUCUCUUGUGACUUUCUAAAGUUGUGGUUUUUGUUUUAAUGUGGUUGUUUAAAAAACUCUGUCUCUCCAUGUCAAACACACAUGUGUUUUUUGAAAAUACUCAGGCAUUAAGCAUCUCUGGUUCUCUCUCAGGGAACUGGUUUUGAAAACUACUGAAAGUCGUCGACUUUUUGGGCUGCGGCUCAAAUAUAAGAUGAAUCGCAAGUCUUCCAACAAGAGUGAUGUUUUCUGUCAAAUCUGACUGGGCUCCCAUGCUGAGAGUUGACUCCUUUUCAGCAGGCCGGCUGUCAGUCUCUCAGAUAUUCUGUCGCUGUCAGGCAGGGGAAGAGACAGGCGGAUUAAAAUAGUUUGAUAUGAACACAGUGUUGUUGUCAAAGCAUCAGAUAGAGCCCCCCCAAAAAAACCGAGUGAUCGACAUUGUCAAGCAUGAUGCAGCACAGUUCGGUUAGCUCUCUCUGGAUAUGAGUCACGUUCUUCCCACGCACAACACGCUUCAUGCACAAUUGCAGUGGGCUGUUUUCUUCUUUUCUCUGCUGUGAUAUUUCAAAUUCUGCUUCCUUCAGCUCCUUUCUACCUUCACGUGUAGUCUCCUUUCAGCAGGCCCUCCCAAAAAACCUCCUGCACUGUUCAAAGAUUUAGCCAUCCUGCUCCAACACAAGAAGACCAACUUGAAGGAUGCAUUUGCCAUCAAAAUAAAUAAAUCAGCAGGCCAGAUAAUGAAAGCCAUCCCAGCGCGGUGCUGCUUUAAUGACAGCGCAUAUAGGCUCAGUGUCACUCACUGCCACGGGAGGGAAAAUUAGAGCCAAUUUCACGCUAAUCCAGACCAGAUUUUGCUCUUUUUCUUUCCUCUAGUGGUAUGUCCUAUCAUCCCAGGAAAGUCCUGCAGGGAUGAUAGGUCGACAUCAACUACUUCUUCAUAUAACUUCAUCACUGUCUGCUGUAGGGAAGCACAUGUUAUGAGCAAUUUCACCCCCCUGUAAGAGCAAGUCAUUCCUGCCCAUGUUAGCUCAGUAGGCCUGCAUGGGCCAGAAGCUUCGGUGACUCGUCCUGGGUGAAUCAGAGCUUUAACAUCAGCAUGUAUGACAUGUGUAGAGAAGCUGAUGCAAACAGAUACACAUGUAGGUGUUUGAUUUUUGAGAUUAACUAAGACACUCAUCCAUGUGAACUUUAGAGGAGCAAUUGUUUUGAGUGCACUUGUGAUCCGGGGUCUCCCCCUGAGCAGUAGUGGCCCUCCUUUUGCUCUUUCACUAGCAGAGUGAGUGUAUGUGUGUUAUCUGUGUGUUUGUGUCUUCUAGAUGCCUAAAAUGUCUCCCUCGUUGCAGCCGCCGUCUCUGGCAUUUGUCACCGUGAGCUGCGGGGUGUAACCGGAAUGUGCUGAAGCGUCGAAAGGGAAAAAUUCUCAUCAAUUACCGCGUCCGCCAUACAGUGGGAGAGCUCGAACAAAACUCAGAAAUCUCUCAAGAGUGACUGAGAUUGUUUUGACAGUUUAAUGAGUAAACUUUGUUUGUGUGUUUUUGCGAAAUUUAACGAGCUGUGAAACCUCAUUUUCACUCUGAUCUGAUAAAAAAAGAGGCUCUCGACUCUCGGAGGCCAAAGGGGGUGAAUUUAUUUCAAACUAAUCAGAAGCAUGACAACAAUAUUUCUGCGACCUUCCCGGGUAACUGAUGAGAAAUCUCAUUUUUAACAACAGCACAAAAAGAAGAGCCGGCCCUCUGUAUGCUGGCACCGUCAGGACUCCCCCCACUUGAUAAUGGUUUGGCUUCCUCUGAUGGUGUAUUUCAAAGGCACUGGCAAAGACUCUAUUUGUGUUCUUAAAUGGACGUAACUUGGUUGUGAUUAGAUAUUGCCAAUCAGUGAGAGGAAAACAGAGUCCGCAGAAAAAGCCUUAGAAAUAAGAGCCUCCAGCUGAAAUCCCUGCCAUGUGUUUGUGAUUGUCAUUUAUUGUCUUUGCCAUGGGAAACAGUUGUGUGUCUUUCCAGGGUACAAUUUAAAUUACAAUAUGUUAUUUGCCUUUUCUUUUUUUUUCAUACUGCACAUACUGAAACUGAGAAGUAUACAUACAAUUGAUCUACUCUUACAUUUGAUCUUAAACAAUAACACAAACAGCUGCAGCUUCAUUUUUAAUUGUAUGAAAAUUUAAUCGAAUCAUAAAACUAACAAAUUUCAGAUUCAACAGAUAAAAAUCUGUGACCCCAAUUAAACACAUUUGAUGAUUUAUAAUUCAUUUUUACUUUCAAAAUGACAAACACCACUUCACUUUCAGCAAAACCACCUGUUUGGAAAUUACGCCAAAACGGAGCAGGAAUGACUAUAAAAGACUCGACAUUUCUGUGCCCACGGUUUUCGACGGUAGAUAUAGUCCUGUGAAAUAUCUGAAGUAUCAAAAUGAACCGCCGGAGUGUUUGUUUGUAGAGUUCUGGACCUGCUGCGCAAGAAAUAUGAGAGCGUUGUCAUGCUGGGUCUCUUUGUAUUGAUCAUAAUCCACAAAUAAAACCACACGAAGGCAGGCGUAUAAAAUAUCUAUUUAUGAGAAACACAUUGGGUAACUUGACAUGAAAUGAAACAGAAAAAUGAAUACAGUUGUUUUUUGUUUUAUUUUAUUUUUGACUUCAAACAACAUGUAAGAUAAAGUUUCCACAAAACAUUCAUGACUAUCUGGUUGUUGUGUUUACCCCCCUCAGUUUCAGUUCCUGACAUAUUUAUCGGAGAUGCGCAGGAAGCUCUUUCUGGUUUGUUUUGAUCAUAAAUGACGCCUGAAACUAGGAGAUGAAACAAGAAUUUUUAAUCAUUUAGGUUUCAUAAUUUGUGGAUACCAUUUACGUUUUAAUCAGAAUCAGAAUGCCCUUUAUUAUCAUUAUACUGGAGUACGAUGAGAUUAGAGAGCUUCUCCAUUUCCAGUGCAAUAGAGAAACAGAAUUAAAAGGUACAAUAAAAUAGAAAUAGGUAGAAAACAUUCCUUAGUGCGGUGCAAACAGUGCAAUUGUACGGUAAAUAAAUAUUAAGAAUAAUGUAUAUGUAUUUAUAUUUAUACUUAUACACAAAACACACGGACAUGUAUUGCACAGUGGUUGAUAUUUACAAAUGAAUGCAAUAUUUACGAUGAUAAUUCGGCAGCAGUGGCAGUGGCCUCAUGUUGAGGACUGGGGUUUUGUCUGUGUGGUGAUGGCUCUCUUAAAUUUUCCUCCCAAGUCUUACACUUGACUUUUCUCCUCACAGUAGAUCCAGAGCAGGUGAAUUCACUGGGAUCUGAAGGGGAGGAUGAGGUUGGCCUGUGGAGCCUUGAGCCCCAGGAGUGCCAGGAGAGCCUGGACAAGACGAGCCUGACACCCAGCGAGGGGACAGAGGAGCCUGGCAGCCCCGCUCGCUCCAUGCGACCGCACAGCCUCAGCCCUGGCAGCAGGAACUACUGGGGGCAGGUGGAGCCGGACGCCGAGGCUGCAGAGGACCCCAACGCCACAUCCAACACCGACAGGGAGGGGGACCAGGAUCCACUGAGGAUGUACUGUAAGUCUUUCCGCCAAAGCUGUACUCUGCUCCCUUAUAUUAAGAAUUUAAUGUCAAUUUCUAACAAAUAAAGGCGGAGAAAUGUGAUGUACAAAGGGUUUAAGACUGCAGUGUAGGACUUGACUGUACAUGUAAACAAGUCUACAGUGUUUUUGUCUGAUGCAAGACACCUCCAGCCUCACGAUGCUCCUCAAGGACCGCUAGAAACACCUUCAUAUCAGCUCCUUGUGAAACCGUGCCUUCCCUACAAGCUGUUCUGUCUUUUUCGCUCUUCUCUUUGAAAAGGCAGCCUUCUGAAAGCAUGACAAAAGAACUCAUCCCACACAAUGUCACAAUAUUUCCAUGCAUCAAAGAGGUGACGUUACGGUACUGAAAUCAGCACUGCGCGACGUGAGGCUUUCCCUUUUAUUUAAGCGAGAUCAAAGCCUCACGCGGCUUGCCUACUAACAAUCACUUAGCUCCUUCGCCUCGUGUGAUUUGGCCUCGCCUGAUGAAGGCAAAGCUGAGUUUUUACAACACUCAACCACACAGGCUCUUCCCUUUCACCACAUAAAAAAACAGCUAAAUAUGCCAACAUCUGCAAACAUUUGAAAAAUCUUCCUCAAAGUCGCUGUAAGCUGGCUCUCUCUCGCUCUCUUUCUCUUUGGCUGCUUGUCGCUGCACUCAAGGGCACAGAAGAGAAAGAAUUUUUCAAGUCUAGUUUCAUAUCUGGCCAACCAGAACCCGCAAUUUAUUGUUUUAUCUGUCAGUCUUCAAAUAAACUAUUUAGCUCCAUUUAAUCCGGUUGCACUCGGUCUCUUUUUGCACGAUAUAUCCGAACUCAUCUCACAUAAUAUAACUUAACUCACUCGGUUUGCGCACACCCACACGUUUACACUGAAUCAGACAGCAGUCGUCAAGAGAAUUAGAUUUUAUAAAAACUCCCACAACUUUGAACUGAAAUGCGACUGCAGCGAAGAGUUUAGGAGAAUAAAUCCAGUUACUAACCAGAAUAAAAAGUGGCUUUAAAAAAAGUGUACUUCAGCAGGCUUGUGGGUGAUUUUUAUUUUUUUUCAGUGAGACUUUUAAUGCGUUAAAGAAAAAGGAUGUUUCUUUUGAUUGAUUAUGUUUCCCACGAUGUGACACAAAUAAAAAUAAAUAGAGGAAUAAAAAAUCUGUUUUUUUUUUAAUCGAUGUAUGUUCCAUUUAACUAGGGUGACCAUCAUCCUCUUUUACCCAGACAUGUCCUAUAUUUUGGGGGCUGUCAACUUUGUCUACUUAUAAAAUCCUUCAAAUGUCCAGGAUUUUGUUUGGAAGUUUUGAGUUUGUGUCGUGUGGACUUACUGAGUUAGAAGCAUGUAAUAAACGCUCAGCCCAACCCGAAAAACUCGGAAAUUACCAACCACGUCAUGUCUUUUUUUGGGGAUUCAGAUUACGCUCACCCUAAUUUAACAUGAAUAUUUUCCUUCUUUUCCAGGUAGGAACUCAGACUCCCAGAAUGCCUUAGAAGACCUGGCCCACUAUGAAUUUCUGGCCCAUUUAAGGAAGGCCUCUAGCUCAGCCAGCCUGCUGGACCACUUGAACCACAACGGCACGGCGGCUGUGUACCACCCCGGGAGCAGGCACGAUGAGCUGCCACCUGCCAUCUGGUCACCAGGAGCUCAUCACCACCACUCACCUGAGGGAACAGGUGAGUUAACGAGGGAACAGCUGCAAUGGCGAGGAGAUAAUCAGUAGAUCUGAAAGUGGGAGGGGCCAGGGUUUGGGUUAGCGUGUGUUUACUGCUGAUAAGCUGCAGGUUUAUGGUUGAUAGCAGUGAUGCAGGACGUGUCCCUCCUCUGAAACAAUAAAAAAGGAAGCUGAAGUCUCUUAAUAUAUUGUUUCAUUUAUUACACCUCUAUGUGUGACCUCCUAUGUUGUGCAACCGAGUUAAAAAAUACAGAACAUGAUAAGGUAUUAAGGUCAUGUUUUUUUGUUUUGAAUUUAAAGGUAUAGUAAGUAAAUUUUGUGCGAUCAGUUUGCUCUGAAAGUUAAGAUAAAGACGAAAUGACACCUUUAGUUCCCGCUCAGAUAUGUGUAUAUGAUCUUGAAGUUGGUAACAACGUUUUCAUAGAGUCACGUCUUCACACCCUGAGAGCCGUUUUGGGCUGUUGGCCACACUCCUUCUGUCUAAAGUCUGACACUAAGACACUUUUGAACACAGCAAAAUAAGAAUAAACAAAAAAGAGUGGGUAGGAUUUCUGCAGAUACACUUCCAAAAAACAAAGGGGAUGUUUUUAUGUGUCUGUACAGACUUGGUUUUGUAGAAAAAUCCGAUCCAUUAAGUGGACUGUGAGGGUAAAAGCAGGUGCUGCUUGUCCGUCCUACAUCUUCCUCUGUGUAUACCAAAUGCUCUGUUCUUUCACAGCCUUGAACAGGUCAAACCAUUCAUGAAAUCGAAGUAUUUGAUAAACAGUAUAUGUGAUUCUUUUUUGGUCUGAUUGAAAUGUCGUUUCUACCUCGACACCAGAUGCAGGGAGGACUCAGCAGGCCUGCCCUUUCUGCCAGAGGAUGUUUCAGAGAGGAGCGUCUUUACGAGAGCAUAUCAAGUACUGUCAGGACAGAGAGGGGGUCCAUAUGUCCUGUCCGCUGUGUGGAUACACUGCCACCCAUAGGGCACAGAUGGAGCGGCAUCUGGCACUUCACAACCAAGUGCAGGACAAAGUAAGACACACACACACCAGGGGCAGAAAUGUCAAAAGCGAAAUAUGUUCUGCGCUGAUUUACAUCGCAGGGUUGAAUACCUGAUCUGUGUCGAUGAAGUCGUACAUUUUAACCUUUUUUUUUCUUCUAUCCCAGAGUGCAAUGUGUUUGGACCAAGCCACGGAGAACAGGAAGUUCAAAUGUCUGGAGUGUGGGAAAGCUUUCAAGUACAAACACCACCUAAAGGAGCAUCUCCGCAUCCACAGUGGUGAGACAAAAUAACAUCCAAACAUGCGCACUCACCCAGCAAUUUGCUAUUGUUCCCACUGUAUCACCAACCCUGCUGUGUGCCAGUUAUAGGCUAUGAAAUUAUACGUAAUUUGAUGUGUUGACAAGAGGAGUGAUGAGCGUUGUAAAAGGAUCUCACCAAAGUUGGAGGUUUUUUCAAACUGACCUUUUUUUUUUGACUAAUAUGCCACAUGUCUGUGUGUCACCCUGUAGGUGAGAAACCGUACGAGUGCUCAAACUGCAAGAAGCGUUUCUCUCACUCCGGAUCGUACAGCUCCCACUUGAGCAGCAAGAAGUGUCUAAACGGAGGGUCAAACACGGGAGGAGGCGGCGGUGCGUUUAACGGACACAGCCAAAGCUCCUACCACCUCUCAUUUCCAACGUCUCCCUCUGCAGGCGGGGGGAGGAACGGUCACGAAAGGGGCUCCCCGAUGGCUCCACACGCCAAAGAUAAUAUCAAAACUCUGAGUGGGAUACCAGAGGACCCUCAUCAGCUCUCACUGCAAGACCCUAACCCCACAGGGUUCCCCAGAGCUGCAGACCUGGCUCAGCUUUGGGAGCCAUCGGCGGAGCUCUCCCUGAGGGCCAGUAUUCUUAAAGGGACCACCCUGCUGCCUUACAUGCACUCGGGGACCAAGUUUGAGCAGAUGCUGCAGGAGAUGCUUCACAGGGAAAUGAGGAGAGAUGAGGACAUGGAUAGAGGAGGAGGAGGAGGAGGAGCCACACUGGGGGAGAGGAGGGUGAUGUACAACGGGGGAGGACUGGACAGCAAGGUGUCGCCCAAGAGGAGGAGAGAAUCGGCCAGCUCGGCUGAAGGGGAGAGAGGCGUGCUUGGCGUGACGUGUCGCUGGUGCUCGCAGCUUUUCCCCAACGUGGCGGUGCUCCUGCAGCACGAGCGUUACCUCUGUAAGAUGAACCGUGAAGCUGUGGAGGUACCUGAGGGCUUUCACAGCAAAGACCUCUCCUCUCCACCGUUAUUCUUCCCCAGACCUGCCCUCCAAUCAGACAACCGCAAACCAGGUGAAGUGACAAACGGCCUUUCUGGAGAUAAAUCCCCCUUACAGAAGCCCAGCUGGCACUCUGUCCCUCAACAGCUUCUGGUCGCAAUGCACUCCCCCCCACAGCCCCUCCAUGAAGCACGAGCUCUCUGGUCCGGCCAAGAAAAAGGAGGCCAGGGUCAACCGAUCAACCACUCACCGGAGAUGUCAUCACCUCCAGCCAGGAGGAGAGUUCCCUCUUCAGGAUUCGGCUCUCCGGUCUGUCUCGACCUCACCAGCUGUCCUCCUGGGCUGCCAUCACCUCAACAGCUUCUCUCAGCACAGAACGAACCGCUUGACCUCUCCCUGCCGAAACAGAUCUCAGACCAGGAGAGCAGGAACAAAGCUGUAAAUGGAAACACAGCCAGAGGAGAGAAGAGAGAGCUCAGCACCCAGCAGCUGAGACGACUGAGUCCAACUUCACACCUUCCCUUCCACCACCACCACCAUCCGGUCUACAGCGGGACCGGAGCUCCUGUGUUUCCAGGUGCCUUAUACAAUGGAUUUCCCAUCUUCCAGCAGUCUGGUUUAGGGUUUCCAGGGCAUGAUGGCAUCGCUGCAGUCCAAUUUAGCCAAGCAGCUAACAACCCUGGGUUUCUCUCUCCUGUGGCCUACAUGAUGGACGCAGACGCAGAGGCAGCGCUGAAGAAGAUCCACCAGGAGAAACAAGUUCUGAUGGUGAGUGCGCCUCAAAAUAACAGCAGGAGAAAAGCUAGAAAACUCUGACAAGUGUGUGGACUUAAAUGUGCAUUCAUGUCCCGUCCACAGGGUGAGGUGUUGAGCCGUGGAGCUCUGGACUACCUCUCUCUCAUGGAUGAUGGUUUGGAUGGAGAAGGAGGGCCGGGAAGGAAGAGGCUGAAGAAGACGGACGAGGGUCUCUAUGCCUGUGACAUCUGUGAAAAAACCUUUCAGAAGAGCAGCUCUCUGCUGCGACACAAAUACGAGCACACAGGUCAGUAGCUUGUGUUACAUGGUUUGUUAUUGCUUACGUUUUAUUUAUUGCAAAAACACAUUAAAGGUGUUUUUUUAACAAUAGUUGCUUCUUUUUGAAAACACAACUUGUCUGUGUCAGGUUGUUUGUGGACGACUGUUUUUUCGGGCGUUAUGCAACAUUUUUAACAACACCAUUUUGUUUCAUCAGAACUUGAGGCCGCAUUUAUACGUACCCAUUUAUUUUUAAAAAUGGAGACAUUAACCAUCGUUUGCACCCUUGGCUUAGACGCAAACAGAGAAUUCGCCCCUAAUAACAAUGUUUUUUAAAAACUGCUGCCAGAGUGAAGAUUUUGUAAAACUCUGUUAGCACAUUUGCAUGUCAACAGAGAAAAACUGAGAUUUGGGUAGCCCAAAAAACGUCGUUAGUGCAACGUUGUUUACAAUCUACAGUCUAUGGUGAUCAUGGAUGCAUGCAGAAUAGCAGUGGCAUUUAUGCUGGUGCAAUUGCAAAUAAAAGUGUUGUACUAUGUGGAGGAGCAGAGACAGCUAAGUGCUCAAAGGUCGGCAAUGUUGCAGCAACUUCUCCCUCCGACACAAAGAGUGCGUCCAUGUUGCUGUUUGCCUUGCUGGUUUUGGGUCCAACCUGGGCGCAUGGCUGGCUGGUGGGAGCGGUCUUUUUCCAUCUUUUUCAAAAGAAGGAAGUUAUGGUCUUGUUGUUGCUGCUAUGCAGGAUUCUGAUUGGCUAACGUGGGCUUGAGCUUCUCGCUUUUCUGGCAGGCAAAGGCAAUACACGGAUUGUCAAAACUAUUAAAAAAUGCUUGAACAGGACAAGAAGUGCAACAAACUGGCGACAAGACUGUGAGAAACACAAGGUUAAAUACAAGAGGUAAUGAGGAUGAUGGGAAACAGGUGGGGAGACACAAUCAGGCAGCAGGUGUGACAAGACGGGGGGGCAGGGCAGACCAGACAGGAACAAAUCUAGAAAAUAGAAACACGGGUUAGAGAACUACAAAAUAAAACAGGAAACACAUGACAUGAAACAAAACAUGAAUGUGCAAAAAUAAAAGGGAACUUAACCAACAUGAAUAUACUGAAAAAAUAGAAGAAACUUGACCGACGUGACAUAAAGUGAAUCUGAACCGAAAACUAAAGGGUUAAUCCAUGUCUUGUUUAUAGCCUGUGACUAAUCAGGAGAGGUUCAAUAAAACUGUUAUGUCUGUGUGAUAAAUAUGAGGCUGUGGCAGCUGAUUACUUUAACAAAGAGCAGAGUAUGGACACAAAAACAAAUAACGCUUUAUAUCCCAAAAAUGAUCCUGUUCUUUAAGUAAUUAGGGAUCAUGUCAAGCGCAUACACAAACUGCAACUUUGGUUUUUGUACGGAUGCAUGAAUUAUUAAAGCUCCUAUGAUUUUUUUUUUGACAGAAACUUAUAUUGAUGCUUUUUUAUAACACACACAGAGCUUGACACUAACUUUUUUCACAAGGUGCACAUGUUCUCCUAAGCUGAAAAAGUAAAGAGCACACAAAGAAAUUUAGGGGCACAAUGAAAAUUGAUCAAAUAAUGUGUGUCUUAUUGGUCGACAUAAGUACUAAUAUUUGAAAUCAAUUUUAGGUCAGUUGGUCACAUGACAUGGAAUCUAUUGAAGGAAAGGUUCAAAAUUUGCCUUUAAAUUUAACACAAAAUACAAAUAGAGGACAAAUUAGGGAAAUAGAGAGGUGUGUCUAUUGUCAGAUCUUAGUACCAUUAUUUGAAAUUAAUUUUUGGUCAAUUAGUCACAUGAUAUGGAAGCUGUUAAAGGAAAAAAGACUUUUCUGAGAACAUCAACCGGUAAUUUAUCGAUGGUCCCUUAUUCAACACCCAACGUUGACAACGAAGAUGCCGAGUAUAUUUAGCCGCGCUGCUCUUGCGUUUUCCGGUUAUGUAGAGUGAGAAGACACCGGUAGGUCCGCUUUGAACGUCCGUCGAAUAUAACAACCUAGAACUAGGUUCACCUCGGUUCUUACAUGCGUUUUACAAUCACACACAUCUAUUUUUAGUCACAAAUGUGAGUGAAAUGGUCCCACUGUCGAGCCCUGACACACACAAGACAAGAUAAGCAAAGACUGCUUUGUUCACAGAAGGCGCAUGAAUUGACACAAAUCGUUCCACACAGGAGCUUUAAAUUUUCAUUAAUGAGCUUUAGAGGCACUGAUUAGGUGGACAGGUUUGACGAAUAAAACCUACCAACUAACAAGGUUUAAAGCUUUUAAAAACAACUUGAACAUUUUUUAAAAUGAUAUUAGAAAUAAAUUGACUGUUUUUCGUUUCAGGCAAGCGUCCUCAUGAAUGCAAGAUCUGCAACAAGGCCUUCAAGCACAAGCACCACCUGAUCGAGCACAGCCGGCUGCACUCCGGAGAGAAACCCUACCAAUGUGACAAGUGUGGGAAACGCUUCUCUCACUCCGGCUCCUACUCCCAGCACAUGAACCACCGCUACGCUUACUGCAGCAAAGACCAGGACCCGGACCAGGACCAGGACCAGGAGGACAUGCCUCUCACCCCAGGGGCAGGAAACAGCCUAGGGGAGCGUCUCUCAGACGAGAUCCCUCUCUCCAUGGAGGACACCCAAACCCCGCACUCCUUCCUCAGCGACUCCAGUCUGGAUGGAGCAGUGGAGGAAAUCAAGGAGGAGGAUGAGGAGGAGGAGGAGGAAGAUGGAGCUAAAGAGGCUGGAGUUAGUGACAAUCAUGUGGGAAAGGUUCAUGUGAGGUUGUCAGGGGAAGCUGAGGAGCUUAUCCAAAAAUCACCUGAAGGGGAUAACGAAGCGCUGAAGGAAAGAAAUGUUUACAACCAAACGGAGAAUUCGGAGAGAAAAGUCUGGGACAGAGACGCUGAGGAGGACCAGAUCGGAGACUUUGAUAAAUGUGAACUGAGCCUGGAUUUAACAGAGUUACCCAGAAUAAAAACUUAACAGGACUUGACCAUGCCAAUACAAUGCAUAUUUUGUACAUAAAAGACUUUGACACGUUUCUUUUAUUCAUUUUAUGAUCGUUUUUACACUUUGUACGACAUAAAUGCACAAACAUGCCAAAGGGGUUGAAGCCAUAAAAACAAAAUACAUGUGAUUAUAUAUAGCUCAGUGUUUCAUCAUGAAAAAAAAAGACUUGAUUUGUACCUACAGUGUUGGUUUUGUUUUCUUUUGUUGUUUUGUCGUUUGCCAGGAGAGCUAAAACAUUUCACUCUUCUAAAGCCGUGUCGCAUUUCCAGAUGUGAGCGUGACAUCGAAGGAAUUUCGCCCAUUAUACGCUUGCUGCUGCUGACUGUUGCACAAACUAUAAAGCAAAAGGGGGUUUUGUAUUUUUAAAUUCAGGAUUCGGUGGAUUUUAACAAUCGUUCUCAUGCAGGGCCACACCAGCUAACUACGGCCUCCGAGGAGACAGUUUAAGCGAUUUCAGAGAGACUGUUACUUAAUAACGCCGUCAAAGUUCAGGGUUCAGUGUUACAGAUACAGCCAGAUUAAUCCUAGUUAGAAGCUAAUUUCAUCAUCCUGUGGUAUAUUUGAUGCAAACUUUUACCUCUGUUUUAAAAAAAUAAUCAAUUUUCUGUUAAGUGCUGAAAUUAAAACACACACAAGCAGCUAUCUCUUGUUCCCAAAGCCGUUAAUCCCCCCCAGAAUUUGUGGAAGUAUGCUUUUAAUAAUUCAUGCUGUGAAAUCGUCAGGUUGAAAAUGGUGUUUAAUGGCUUUGACAAAAAUCAGGAAUCUAUUGGGUGGUUAAAGAAAAAAGAAAAAGGUUUAUUAUUUAUUUCUUUAGACAAAAAGCAGCGGUCUGCUCAGUGUUAAACGCCACGCCUUGAGGGGACAGUCAUUUCUAUAUGUGAUGCUAAAAAGAGCAAAAGAUGAAGUCAGCUUUGGGUUUUUUUUUCUCUCUCCACAUCUGGGAGUGUCACUGUAGCGCACAGAACCCCACGCAGCUUCUCUCUUCGAUCUACAGCUAAAAUAUCUCAUAUUUCUCGUAAUGAUUUACAUGAACUUCAGCUUGUUUUCACACCCCGGAAAUAGAAUGUGUCACACAUUUGGGUAGUUUGCUGAGGUGUGGCAUGAAGGUGAAGACUCAGGACACAUACAUCAGCUUUUUACUUCCUCUUUCUGACUGCAGUGUAGUCAACGUGAAAAGUGCCUCAGAUACACUCAAACACUGUGAGUAAUCCCACAAAGCCUUGGUGCCAGGAGAUAAGACGGUGCUGCAUGAGGUGUGACUAAACCUGUGGCAUUCAUGCAUACCAGGCACCAAAGACACUUCUUGGUCAUAAUGUGUGUGUGUGUGAGAGUGUGGGAAGAUAUGUGUGUGUGUUCACCACCACCAAAGAUUGCAUACGUGACACGCUAACUGCCACUCUAGCCUUGCAUAGUUCCUCACCUGUUAUUUCUGGGUUCAAAAGAAAGGUAAAAAGUUCCUCUUUCAGUCGAAGUCUGCACACUUUUUUAUAUGAAGCAGUUUUUUUUACUCAAGCAAAUUUUGUAUUAACUUUCUAUCAGUAUUUUUGCAUGUUUGUGGAUAUUUGUAAUAAAAUUGUACAUAUGUUUCCAACAGAA